CCGUACUCUGUCUAUCUGUAGGGCUAGAAGCAAUGAAGAUUGAUGGCAGUUAACAUGAAGUCGGUGAUCUGGAGGAUUCUGGGCGAGGCUCUGACCCUGCGCUCGGGUAAAGCCCUCGGUCACGGAAAUCACCCCACCGGGUUUGGAAGCGCCCCUGUGAUCAGCCGAAACCUCUGGCUGAGCUGCACUCUGUGUGGGAAAACACGGACAGGCUCCAAGAAGAAAGAGCUCUCGGAGAAGAAGCUGACGCGUUAUUUUGUGGACCAGCGGAGAGUGAAGCUCCAGGCCGGCUCGGGUGGCGACGGAGCCUGCAGCUUCCACAGCGAGCCUCGUAAAGAGUGGGGCGGACCGGACGGGGGAGACGGAGGUAACGGAGGGGACGUCGUCAUCAGAGUGAACAAACAGGUGAAGUCGCUGUCUCUCGUCUCGGCUUCGUACCGCGGGGAGAACGGAGGAGCCGGAGCGAGUAAGAACUGUUAUGGACGCAACGCUCAGCCUACGUACAUACCGGUCCCGGUUGGCACCGUGGUGAAGGAGGACGGCGGAACGGUAGCCGACCUGGCGCGUCACGGCCAGGAAUACGUAGCCGUCCACGGAGGGGCGGGAGGCAAAGGCAACCGCUUCUUCCUGUCCAAUGAAAACCGAGCGCCGACCAGGGCGACGCCCGGCGAGAGGGGAGAGGAGCGGGUACUGCGGCUGGAACUGAGGACCAUGGCACACGCUGGACUGGUUGGGUUCCCGAACGCGGGGAAGUCUUCGUUGCUCAGGGCGAUCUCUAACGCCCGGCCGGCGGUGGCGGCGUACCCGUUUACCACGCUGAACCCACACGUGGGCAUCGUCGAGUACAGAGAUCACGAGCAGCUGGCAGGUGGUGGCGGACAUCCCCGGCAUCAUCCGCGGCGCCCACCUGAACCGCGGGCUGGGCCUGUCCUUCCUGCGCCACAUCGAGCGCUGCCGCUUCCUCCUCUUCGUGUUGGACAUGUCGUCCUCGGAACCGUGGGACGAGCUGCGGUGCCUGCGCUUCGAGCUGGACCAGUACGAACCCGGGCUCUCCGAGCGCCCUCACGCCAUAGUGGCCAACAAGAUGGACCUGAGCGGCGCCGGCGAGAAACUGGACGAGCUGAGGAGGCGCGAGGAGCGGCGCGUCAUCGCCCUGUCCGCUCUGACCGGAGACAACACCGAGGAGCUGAUCGUGCACCUGAGGGAGCUGUACGACGGGCACGCGGGGGGCGCCAUGCUCGCCUGGUAGAGAUUUUGUAAUAAUUCAUAAUAAACUAGUAAUGAAUCAACUCUACUGAGCAUAUCUGGGAUGAAUCGGAAUGUUGCCUGUGAGCCAGACCUUCUCAUCCUACAGCAGUAUCUCAGAAAGGCCCUGUAUGGGCACUGAAUGGGCACAAACUCCCACAGACGCACUCCGAGAUCUUGUAACCAAGCCAUUCGGCAGAACGUAGUCUGUUUCCAUGGCUACUCAUUAAAAUAGGAUGUACAGUGGUCAGGCGUCCACAUGCUUUAAUGCUGAUGUGGAUAUUUUAGCAGAGUUUGAGCUUUAAAGUACAUAAAUUUAUGUUUUAUUUAAAUCAAAAUGUAAAGAAUUUGCGAUUGUAAACCUGAGUGAUAUUUACAAAAUAAUAAUAAUUUAAUGUGUUUAUUAAAUGCAUUUUUAUU